UCACUUUGCUCAACAGCGGUUUUUGUUUGUCAUCAUUUUGGUAGUGAACAUUUCGGUCGAUCACAGUUUUUCCUCAAUUUUCAUCGAAAAAUGGCCCUAGCUGAUGUGUGCGGUCUUCCCGGCGGAAGCCUGAUGUCCGGUGGACCGAUGGAUCAUCAAUUCUUCCAGCGGGACCUCGCUCUGAACAGUCAGAAUCUGCACAACAGUUUCUCCCUAGCGGUUCCACCGUUCCAAGAGCCGGCGCAGAAUCUGGCCAAACUGCAGGCCCAUGGCGAAGCGAGUGGAAUCAAGAUGGAAUUCGACCACGGUACCACGACGCUCGGGUUCCGGUUCCAGGGCGGAGUCAUCCUGGCUGUGGAUUCCCGUGCCACCGGUGGCCAAUUCAUCGGCUCGCAGACCAUGAAGAAGAUUGUGGAGAUCAACGAUUACCUGCUGGGAACGCUGGCCGGAGGUGCCGCCGAUUGCGUCUACUGGGAUCGGGUGCUGGCCAAGGAGUGUCGCAUCUACGAGCUGCGGAACAAGGAGCGGAUUUCGGUAGCCGCCGCCAGCAAAAUCAUGUCCAACAUUGUGUACUAUUACAAGGGCAUGGGUCUCAGCAUGGGCAUGAUGUUGGCCGGCUACGAUAAGCGGGGUCCCCAGCUGUACUACAUCGAUUCGGAAGGCACACGCACCCCGGGUAAGGUGUUCUCCGUUGGUAGCGGUUCCAUCUACGCCUAUGGUGUUUUGGAUUCCGGAUAUCGGUGGGAUUUGAAGGAUGAGGAAGCCCAGGAUUUGGGUCGUCGGGCGAUCUACCACGCAACCCAUCGCGAUGCGUACUCCGGCGGUAUCGUUCGGGUGUACCACAUCAAACCAACCGGAUGGGUCAACAUUUCCAACCAGGACUGUAUGGAUCUGCACUUCAAGUACCAGGACGAGAAGCAGCAGAAGUUUGGAUCGUAAAUUUGCAAAUCGUGUUCGAUGAUUAAUUAUUAAUAUUAAUGCUUGGCACUGUAGCUCUACGGGGCAGAAAGGAAUACAUAAAUUUGGUAAUUUA